UCUUCGUCCAUGUGUAUCACAUGGUGGUUUGUGUGACCCAAACACCAAACAUAAAAGCUUCCAUACGACUGGACCACUACAAGAAGCUCUUGUUCUUUUACGCUUUGUCGAUCGCUGUUUGGAAGAUCACGCCACGCCUGUGUAUCCUCUCGAUCUCGGUGAGUAUUGUCGGAGGAAACAAAAAAGCUCAGUCUCUCGCUUUAAUGCUCUCAUAGAUUGAUUCUCUGCUUCAGAUCUGAUAGUGAUUAGUGCUUCGUCGUCGCGGUGCCUUAUAUUCAAGACAUAAAUGGGAAAGGCUAAUGUUAACAAUACUGGUUCAGACACCAAGAGAAAUGUGGUCUCAAGUGUGUUUGAUCCUGCAUUAUCUAGAUUCGUUGGACUCUCUCAGAAGCUUCAAGCUCGUGUUAAGUCCCAGCUGAAGAAUUUGACCGCUGAUAAGCAUGGGAGGGAAGAUAAUGAAAUCUCAUCUAACUCCAUACAAAUGGACCUGGAGAAGCAGCUAGAUAGUUGGAGAGGAAACCCUUCGUGGACUGAUCAACCCCCAGUCGUUAAGGUGAGUAUUCCGAAAGGGUCGCUUUGCAAUCUCAAAGCUGAGGUGAAUGUUGGUUUACCCCCUGAUGCAGUUUAUAACAUUGUGAUUGACCCUGACAACAGAAGGGUCUUCAAGAAUAUCAAGGAGGUUCUGUCGCGGAAAGUAGUGGUGGAUGAAGGAUUGAGGCAAGUGGUGGAAGUAGAACAAGCUGCUUUGUGGAGAUUUCUCUGGUGGUCUGGAACAAUCUCAGUUCAUGUCUUGGUGGAUCAAAACCGAGCAGAUCACUCUAUGAGAUUCAAGCAAGUGAAGAGCGGGUUCAUGAAGAGAUUCGAAGGAAACUGGAAAGUAAAGCCCUUGUUUGUGGACGAGCAUAUGUGCGAUCGUCUGAAACCGAAAACACUGGAGGAGUAUGAGCAGUGCACUGGUGGUAAAGGGAGGGUCGGAUCAAAGGUAACGCUUGACCAGCUAAUACAGCCGGCGAUUGUUCCACCGCCUCCCAUUUCUUGGUAUCUGAGAGGCAUCACAGCCAAGACAACAGAGAUGCUCAUCCAUGACUUGUUGGCUGAGACCGCUAAGAUCCGCAAACGUUUGGCAACCGGCGAAACGGAUGAUAGUCCCUCGCUGGAUGAGCAGCGGAUUGUGAAUCCCGGAGAUAUAAAGGAGAGAUGGGCAGCACACAGGAGAACAUCAAGGAGACGUCGAAAAGAUUUGUGCUGAUUCAGUUCUUGAGGAAAACUGUAACCCAGUCCAUGAUUUUGGUUGGUCAUAGAAAUGUUCAUGACUUUUGGGAUCAGAUACGUAUACGCUUGCUGUCCUAAGAUACAAUUCAUCACUAAUGGAGAAUGUUGAAUUUUUUCUACA